AUGUCGGACGACCUCGAAUCUCUCCCCCCUACGCUCCAGAAUAUCAUCGACCAGCAGAGCUUGAAAUGGAUCUUUUGCGGUGGUAAAGGUGGUGUUGGCAAAACAACCACUUCAUGUUCACUCGCCGUCCAGCUCGCCCAGCAUCGGGAGUCUGUCUUGCUUAUCUCUACAGACCCCGCACACAACUUAUCCGACGCCUUCUCCCAGAAAUUCGGCAAAGACGCUACCAAAGUCAACGGUUUUGACAACCUCUAUGCUAUGGAGAUUGACCCGAAUGGAAGCUUGCAGGAGAUGAUUGAGAAUUCCGACCAAUCAGGAGGUGGUAUGGGCGGUAUGAUGCAAGACCUCGCAUUCGCCAUCCCAGGUGUCGACGAAGCCAUGGGUUUCGCUGAAAUCAUGAAGCAUGUCAAGUCCAUGGAGUUCUCCACCAUCGUAUUCGACACCGCCCCCACCGGCCACACCCUCCGUUUCCUCUCCUUCCCCUCCGUCCUCGAAAAAGCCCUCGGCAAACUCUCUUCCCUCUCUGGCAAGUUUGGCCCCAUGAUCAACCAAAUGCAGAGCAUGUUUGGUGGUGGCGCAGCCGGCGGGACAGAUGAUAUGUUUGCCAAGUUGGAGGGUAUGCGGGAGAUCAUCACGGAGGUCAACAACCAGUUUAAGGAUCCUGAAAAAACGACAUUCGUCUGUAUCUGCAUCUCCGAGUUCCUCUCCCUCUACGAAACCGAGCGUCUCAUCCAAGAACUCACUUCCUACCAAAUCGACACCCACAACAUUGUCGUCAACCAGCUGCUCUACCCCAAACCCGGAGACAACUGCGAACAAUGCAGUGUCAGGCAGAAAAUGCAGAAAAAGUAUCUUGGGGAGGCGUAUGAGCUUUAUGAGGGCGAGUUCCAUAUUGUGGAGUUGCCGCUUUUGACGGAGGAGGUCAGGGGGGUGGAGAAGAUCAAAAAGUUCAGUAAGAUGCUGCUCGAGCCGUACACCCCGCCUCAAUAG